AUCCAGUGCAUCCAACGGAGAUAUUAAAAGCAAAAUAAAUAAAAAACAAGGAAGAGAGCCAAGGUGAAUUACCAGUUAAAUGUAGCAUUUAAACGUUUUGGGCGCGUAUUUUGAAAACCCAUUUAUUUAGGCGCGCUGCCGGCCGCAGAGAUGGCCGCCGAAAACUAUCACCUCAAGUGGGACUCGCACCUCUCCUAUCUAAACUCUUCCAUAGCCACACUUUACAAGAACGAGAAGUUCGCCGAUGUGGUCCUGUACAGCUCCUACAACAGCAGCGGCAUCCCCUCGGAUAUUCCCACGGUGGGCAUCUCGGCCCACAAGUUCAUCCUCAGUGCUUCGUCCCAAUUUUUUGCCACCAUGUUCGAAACGGCACCGAUCACAAAUCCAAACGGAGUGCUCUACGUGGUCCUGCCGCCGGAUCUCAGUCACCGGGCCAUCCAGAUCCUGGUGCAGUACAUGUACAGCGGCGAGGCCACCGUCUCCAACGACAUACUCAACGAGGUGCUGCGCGGCGGCGAAAUCCUCAAGAUUCGCGGCCUGUGCCGCACCAGCUCUUCCAAUGGCGGUGGCUCCGGCUCGGUGGUCACCACAUCGCACCAUCCUCAUUCGCUAACCGGGCAUCUGCAUCCGCGGGAGGCGAGCGCCAUGUACAUGUCCAAUGGCACCCGAUCCGCUCUGCCACCUCCGCCGCCGCCGCCGCCGUCUACCAUGUCGGCUCAGCUGCAGGGAGAUCUCUAUGCCAGCAAGCCGGGUGGAUCGACACGAUUCGCAAUGGACCACCACCACUUGUCGUCGCAUCACAACCACCUAAAUCACCAUCAUCCUCAGCAGCAGCAAUUCCGCGGCCUAGGCGUUUCCGUGAUGCCCAAGGACUCACCCGUGAUUAUCAAAUCGCCCAAAAUGGCCGCUCACACGGGACUCCUUACCGUGGCCAGCAGCAGCAAGUUGGGCAUUUCGGUCAACAAGGAGGUGGCCAUCGAUCCGGAGGACAAGUGCUGCUUUGCGGCACCUGGCCAGGUGGAUCCACAGUCGCAUCCACCACCACCCACCUCUACGACAACGACUGGCGGAGGAGGAGGAGGCGGAGGAGGAGCAGGUGCCCCGGCAUCCCAGCCCAUCUCCAUUUGCACAGAGGUGGGCUGCAGCAGUUGUCCCAUGACCGCUGGACCCAGUGCGGAUCAGGCGGAGACCACGCUGCGGAGGACGGAGUACGAAGAGCAAGCACUUCGCGAGCGGAACGAGGUGGGACUGGUCUUCGAACGUCGCCUCAGGAGGGAAAGCGCCUGCGAAAGAUCUCGUGAUUACUAUGAAUCGCAGCACUUCGAGCACGUGGUGCCAUCCCGCCUGGCUGCCACACCACCGCCACCACAGCAGCCACCACAUCCACCGCCGACCCUUCGGCAUCCGCACAACUUCCUCACCAUCAAACAGGAGCCGACGGACUGGAGCAACAACCCACCUAAUGCCGCCAAUGCGUCCAACAACAACAACCUGGAGGAGGGGCCACUGGGGUCGCCCAAGCAGCCGCUGGACUUUAAGAUGUCCGCCGUAAAGCUGGAGGUUAAUCGGGAUCGCGGAACACCCUCCGAGGAGAACGAGGAGCACACGCUGCGCGACUACAACAACUUCAAGCAGCUGCUCGUGUGCGAGAUCUGCCAGAAGUCCUUCGAGGACACCAAGAUGCUUGUCCGCCACCUGGGCACCCAUGCCGGCGAUCCGGCGGGCGGGACGGAGAGGAACCUCUUGCCAUCCAGUGCCAGCGGGAGUACGGCAACCGCCUCCAGCAAUCUCGCCCUGCGAACCGUCAAAACCUAUGUGCCAAAGAAACGACGCCGAGUUUCGCAACAGGAAAACAAUAUGGACCACGAUCAUGUCACCCUGCUCUGCGAUUUGUGCUCCACAUCUUUCGACACGCCCGCGGAAUGGGUACGUCAUAUGAACAGCCAGCACACGGAGAUCGAACUGGCCAUGUUCAACAGCAAGAAGGAUGGCGAGCAGAAGGGCCAGCAGCAUCAGUCGGCGACCAGCAGCUCUUCCACAGUGUCCACCAGCCAAAUGCAGCCAAAGUAUCCCAGCUCCACCGCCAUCCGACCGACGCAGUCCCAGUCCCUCAUGCUGCACAAGAUGAGUAACAUCAAUAUGGAUAGAUCUCCCGGAGCAACCACCUCACCGAAUACCUAAGGACAGCCAUCCGGAGUAGAACAUGGAUCCAUGAAUCCAAUGAUUAGCACUACAUCAUUUGAAGCUGAAGAAUUCGAGACUUGAUGACAUGAAGCCCGGUGAACAACGGAUAUCACCAAAACACAAUUUUGUUCGAUAAACUCAACAAGUCGUUUCAGUAAUCAAAAGAUUGAUUUGAUGCUGAAGAAUUCGCGACUUGAUAACAUGGAUCCAGGGGAUCAGCAGAUAACAUCAAAACAACAUUUUGUUCGAUAAAUUCAAGUCGUUCCAGUAAUCAAAAGAGGGAUGUUUAUAAUGCAACAGCAAGAACCGUGAUCAAAAUGCAACCAGUUUGCAUAUUUUAUAGAGCAACAAACAAAAUACAAAAUCGCAAAAAUAAUUAACGAAACUGUAAACGAAACUUAGAAUCGGAAUCGUCAGGCAACGAUGCAAAACAAAACCAAACCAAACCAAACCAGAAAUUUGAAAACGAAACAAGAACAACAAUUAACUCAAGUGUGUAGAAUUUUUUUAAGUGUACGUAUUUACUUAGUUUUAGCUACUUAUUCCCCAUGUAAUUACUGUAACAACAACGCGCAAUUGAUACGAAAAAAGGUAACUAAACAAUUUAAUCAUUUAAAAUGUACGAAUUACUUGAACAAUUUUCAUCAGCAGACAUUGUCAAUAAAAGAAAUUUUAAAAGCCCUUGUGUAAAGCGAUUUUCCAAAAGGUUAGACCGAAAAAUACACUUGUAGGACCAAAAUCAGCGAAAAGAUUAAAUUGCUUUAUGAUAAGCAACUGAUUGGAGCAGCGAAUAUUUCUUAUUCUUUAUUACUUUCCAUUUUGUUUGCUCUUUUUGUUUCUCGAAUGUAAUAACUGAUAACUACUAUUUUGUAUGUCGCUAUCGCGGCUUUAUGAUGUCAUCAACUCUGUUGUAUUUGUACUAGUACUUUUAUAUAUGUUUUAUAAGACUUCAGCUGACAUUUCGAGAACUUUUUUGUACAUAGAUUAAGUUUUAUUUUGAAAGUCCGCCGAUCGAAACUUUUUGCGAAAAGUUCAUUAACUUAAAUCUCUAAAUGUGUGUGUAGUAGUUGGAAAUUUAAAUAAACAACUCCCCCCAACCAUGUAAAAAUAUAAUAUAUAUAUAAUAAAAA